GCCAGAUUGACCUAGGGACCAGGAGAGGUGUGCCUGUGGUUAGGUAUUCAUAGUUUAAGUCGUGUGAGUCUCUUCGAUUUGUCGUGUUUUACCCCUAGACUGCAUUAACGAGCUCACGGCAAGUUGUUGAGAUUCCGUUACAACGUCUUCUAUCGGUACCAUACCAAACGAACCUGGGGCGUCCGCUUCCUCCGCGGCUGUCGGAGGUCGGACAUAACAAGUGAGGGCUCGACCGGUAUUUUGAUUUGUGUGCAAGUUUGGCACUAGUUUGAGUUUGUGAUCAAGAGUUUGGUCAGUAGUUCGAAGAAGUUGAACUAGUUCUUGAGUAGUUGUUUUUGUUAUCAGUUGAAAGUAAACAUUGUUACUUGUUAGCUAUGGAGGCUUUGUUGUUAAGUCCUACUGUGGAAGCAGUUGAGAACUUAAGUAGGAAAGAGUUGAUAACAGUUGUCAAAAAGUUAAACCUGGACUAUAUUGUUACUCAGACCUCUAGGGUGUUGAAGGACAAAGUUAUUGUUUACUUCAUUAAUGAAGGCAUGCUAGAUGAGGGUCUUCUUUCUGAAGUUUUGGCACGGGAAGUGGAAAUUGUUGAUAGGGAGUUUGAGGCCAGACUAAAGUUAGAAAGAGAAGUUCAGAUGAAGCGGUUAGAAUAUGAGUUUGGUAUUAUUGGCAGUAGUUCAAAGUCAGAAGGUCCUUCUCAGUUGUCUGUGGCCCAAACAUUGGCCCAGUUUUGCAAAUUAGUCCCUAAGUUUGAGGAGUCAGAUCUUGUCGUAUUUUUUAAUACAUUUGAGAACAUGGCUGAAAGUUGUCAAUGGCCUAGUAACGUAGUCACAACGUUACUAAGCACUGUUUUAAUUGGUAAGGCUGCCACCACAUACCAGGCACUCUCUCGCGAAGUCCAAUCAGAUUACAAAAAGGUCAAGGCUGCCAUUCUGAAGGCUUACGAAAUAACUCCAGAAGCCUACAGAAUUAAGUUCAGAAAAAUUAGGAAACAACAGAACCAAACCUAUGUUGAGUUCCUUUUUGAAAAAGAAAAAGUCUUUUCAAGAUGGCUCCAUUCUGAGAAUGUCAACGACUUCGACAAACUCAGAAGUCUGAUACUAAGAGAAGAUUUCCUCAACGCAGUACCUGAAGAGAUCAGACUACACAUCUUGGAUAACCGAAUAACAGACAUCAAAAGGGCAGCAGAAUCAGCUGAUACAUACGAGCUGGUGCAUAAGAAGUCACAGGGUUCUGGUACCAAAUACAAUCCAGUACUACCUCUCAUCAGCAACAAUCCCUCUGCUGGCCAGUUGCUGAGAUCUCGUCAAUCAACACAGAUACCCAGAGUCACAGCCAGGCGACUGAUCUGCCACUAUUGUUCCAAGCCUGGGCACAUCAUCAAGAACUGUUUCCUGCGACAGCGAGAUAACAGAGAGUAUAUACGAACAUCUCGUAACGCUCUCCCCCAUCAAGCAAGUCCAAAGGUGAACCUCGCCCGUCGUGAUGACCCUACACCAGCGUGUCCACAGGGAGGUAAUGAAGUGCCCACCUCUUUCGUCCAGUCAUCUUAUGACUAUCCUCUUCACCAACCGGUUACAUCAGCAGCAACCAAUUGUGAAGAAUCGAGAACUGUUGGCUUCACAUCAUUCAUGACAGAUGCUGUCAUCAGCAACCCUGGAGACCCAACAUCAUCGCGGAACAUCGUAGUCCUAAGAGACACUGGGGCUUCUCAGUCACUUUUGCUGAGAGACUCAUUGAACAUCGCUCCAGAAACCAACACCGGUGAUGUCACCAUCAUUCAAGGAGUGGGAGCUGAACCAACAGUAGUUCCACUACAUAAGUUCAACUUGAGACAUCAGCUCAUCCAAGGAGAUGUUAUCCUUGGGGUGAUAGAUUCCAUACCUGUCCCAGGAGUACACCUGCUUCUAGGGAAUGACCUAGCGGGAAGCAAAGUCCACCCCCAGGAAGUUCAGAACCCGUUCUCUACAGACCCCGACGGUGAAAAUGAACUGUUCUUUUGGCCGAGAAUGCACAACGAUGACACCCGUUAUUGCAGACAUUGUAAGAACUGUCAGUUGGUUGGGAAUCCCAGUCAAAAUAUUUCCCAAGGCCGAUGA